ACUGUGCCCCGCCGCAUUUUAAUGUUUUUAUUAAACAGAGAAAGAAUGGUACUUCUGUUUGAAUUUAUCUCCAAACUUUUCAUCUUGAUUUUUCGUCUGUGAGACUUUGGAAAGUCAUGACAUUAGAGUCCAGCAACUUUGAGGGGGGCUUGGGGAACAACACAGCAAUGCUAAUAAUAAUGAAAAUAGCAGACACUUAUUUAGCACCUUAACUAGUAAAUGGCAGGGAUGAGAUCUGAACCCUGGUAGUCUGUCUCUAAAGUCUACAUUGUUCUUGCUUACGUGAAUUUGUUUAACAGCUCUUGUGUUUGGUAAUCCAGCCCUGAUGGUUUUUGGUAUAGCAACUGCAUUUACCAGAGAACUAUGGCAUUUUUAUCUGCUUAUACUGGACAAUGAUUUGAUGGCACAUAAAAGUCAAAUAAUGAUACAGGAAACACUUUCUAUGCGCCCUGCACUUUACCUGCAUUACCCUGCUUAAUGAUUAUAACUCCCACUUUUACAGAUGAGGAAACAGGCACAAAGAAAUUAAGUGACUUUCCCAAGAUCAUACAGCUUCCUAAUUGGUGAAGGCUAGUUGUGAGCCCAGACACCCCAUCUUUGCAGUGUAUGCUUCUAACUACUGAGAUACGUUUUAAAUGACGUGUGAAAUUAAGUCUGUCCUUUCUUAAAGAGGCAAGCAGGAUGGCUCAGCAUGCAGUUUUGAAUGUAGUGCCCAUUCUUUUCCAGUGUACAUCCUAUGGUGCAACCUUCAUAUCAAAGACUUCUACUUUCUGCUUUUACUAUUUCUGUCUCCUAAAUUUCUUUCUUAUAAAAUCUCGCCCAUUUCCAAGACGCAACUCUAUUGAUACUACCUUCCUCUAUCUUCCAUUCUAGAAGUGAACUCUGUCUUCCCAAGAGUCCUUCUUUUACUGCUGUAGCGUUAUUUUCUCCUGUGCUUUGGAAACUAGUUUACAUGUCUUAUUUCCUGACAAGAUCCUGUAUUUCCUCAUGUCAGCAACGUUGACAUUUGCCUCUGGUUCACUACAUUUGAUGAGUUCUUGGCCAGUUUUUGCUAAAUUGAAUUGUGACUUGAGAACUGGGUCACCACAGGAAUAUGUAUAACUUCCUGGCCAGGGCAAAAAACCCUCAAAAACCAAAAACCAACCAACCAAACAAAAAACCCAGUGUGGUUUCUCUGGCUCUAAUUUUCCAACUUUGAAGUUUAUGCUAACUAGAUCUGUUGGGUCCCCUUUCCACACUACUUGCUUGAUAACACCUGGCAGACAUAAUUAAUUUAGUGAUUUUUUUUUUUUUUACCCCUUUAACCAUUUUUCAAAUUUGCAAAUUGUUGUGGGACAACUUUACAUGGCAUAUAUUUUUGUAAAAUCUUUCACAUGUGCAAAAAUGGGUAUUUGUAAUGUGUGAGUUAUUUAGAAAGUAGAUGGUGCUAAAAUGGUAAAAAUACUGUCAAUUAAAUGCAGAUCCUGAAGUUUACAAAAUUAAUGCCUAAUUGUGUUUAUAAGUUUCAUGUAUUUGUAAUUUUGAAAUAAGAAAUGUUACCCUAUUCUCCUUUUGGUAAAAUAACGUGGAGACAUUUAUAGGGGAAGGAAGAUAUUGGAGAAAAUAACUCAAGUUAUACUUAUUUAUACUUUGCUUGUUACAGAAAAAGUGAUUAGGAGCUUAUAGAGAGAAAGUAUGAUGGGUUGUCACAAAUUAAAUUCAGGGCCCAAAAUAAGAGAAAAACGGUUGGAGCAACAUAGAGUUGGGGUGAAGUGGAAAUGCUCAACAAAAUUUACACACGGGCAACAUAUUUGGCUCCGAGAUUUUCGGUACUCAAUUUGAAAAGUGAAACCUGUGAUUAAGGCCCACUCAGCUGCAUUUUCUGCCCUCACAAGUUGUAGUCUGUUUUUUGCAAAUAAACCAGGCUGGCCAAAUAUGGGUUACAGAGGAAAUCUACCUUGCAGGUGUAGGUGGGGAGUACAGAGAACUGAAUACCCUUCCUCCGAAUCUCUAAAGAGCCAGGCUCCUUCCCGCAUUGUUCCAUUGUGUUCCAGUGUUCUUCUUUUGUUCUUAGUCCUGACCUACACUCUGUGUAUCUCUGCAUGUCGAGACAGAGACACACAGAGGCAGAAAGGCCUCCUUCAAGAUAAGCAGAGUUAAAAUAAUUAUAAUCCAGGAAAACCCAUUAAUUCAAGAAAAAGAACUGCCCCAGGAUUGUUGAGACAAAGUGAAACUACAAAGCUCAUUGGAAAUGUCACCAGAGGUAUUCACAGAUCUUGAAGCAACCUGCCUAGACCUGGAAUUCAGAUUGUUCCAUCACAUUUAGAGCCAUAGGAAGCUAAGGAAUUUAUUUGCAAUUUAAAAAAAAGAGGAAGAAAAACAUUAAUUUAUUAUGGGCUUAUUAAGUGUCUUGAAAUAAAUGAGGUUUUGAUAGAUGCUGUAGAAAGAAAACAUAAGGCGUGGUGGUGGUUCUUGUGUUUGGGGAGAGCAGAGGUAGGCACAGAUAAUUAUGCCAUGGGACAAGACAGCAUCCUGUUGAAUAGUGCAUGCGGGGAGUAUAUAGCUUUUGAGGAAUAGGAGGCCAAUUUUAGCUUGAAUGAUGAGGAAAGAGGUGGUUCUUAAAAAAUAGUCUAGUUUUCCAUCAGUGGAAUUGAUGCAGAGGGCAUUCUAGGUGAAGUGGGUAAAAUAAUGAGAUAUCUGAAGGAAGGCAAAUGACAAGCAUUUAAACAAAAUGGUUGACUAGACAAUUCUAUUCAAUAAAUAAAGCUGGAAGUCACUGUGAAAUGUCUGAAGGCCUAUCUAUGAAUUUUGGAUCUGAUUGCAUAAGCAACAGAGAAUGCUGAAGUUUGUAAGCAGAAGUGACACGACAUCCUCGACAUCUGGUCCAUGGCCCGCCCUCUCUCCCCUUUACUUCCUACCACAACAAACCCCUGUUGGCUAAUUCUGCAUCAUGUUUCUCAUGCUUGUUUACUGACUGCAGCCCCCUCCCAUGACCCAUGGGACUGUAAACUCCUUGAAGGCAGAGGCCAUGACUGUUCUGCUUAAUAUAUAUGUAUUUAUAUAUAUAUGUAUGUAUACAGUGUCUCACACAACGUCUCGUAUGUGAGAUGUCUGCAACAAAUACACUGAAUUAAUGAAUGCACUUACUCGGAGGCGGUUUAGCAGUUGAAUUAGUUUGGCAAAGAGACUGGGAACAAAGUGAGCCUUCAUUCCACAACUUCACAUUUGAAUACGUAUGAUCUGCCCAGCUCUGUGAGAGGUGCUAAGAACACAAAGAUUGUGAGAUGUGAUGCUGCCCUCAGGGUGGCUAAAUUCAAGGAAAAAAGAUGUUGCGUAAGUGUUGCGUAAGCUUACGUUAUACUAGACUGAGAUAAGUUUUGAAAGAGAGGUGAGCAUGGUGUUGCCACCAGGGAAGGAGUCAACAGCUCUAUCCAGGAACGCUUAGGCACGUACUUACCAGGAGGUUAAGUCACACCCUGACUCAGGAUCAGGAGUAACAGGCUGCAGAUGCCCAAGUGUGGAGAGAUCAGACACACAGAAGACAGAUAAAUUGGGAACCCAAGAGACAAGCCUAUAGGUUUUGAACUGGAUUCCUAACCUUCCAGCCAUUAACUUCGAUAGUGCCCAAAAUAGCAUGACGAAGUCUGAGCUCACCAUCAGGGCGGGUGGACACAGAGCUCGAGGUCCUUGGCAUGAGUCCACAGAAGCUGUUGAGCUUGAAAAUUUUAGUAUAAACUACAAGAAUGAGAGAAAUUUCAGCAAACAUCCCCAGCAUAAGCUAUUUCAAGAGAUCUUUACCGCCUUGGUGAAAAAUAGACUCAUAUGCAGAGAGUGGGUUAAUCGAGCCCCAUCUAUUCAUUUUCUGAGAGUGUUAAUCUGUCUGAGGCUACUAAUGAGGGAUCCAUGCUAUCAGGAAAUACUCCAUAGCUUGGGUGGGAUUGAAAAUCUAGCUCAGUACAUGGAGAUUGUAGCCAAUGAGUACCUCAGCUACGGAGAAGAGCAGCACAGUGUGGACAAGCUGGUCAACAUGACAUAUAUUUUUCAAAAACUCGCUGCGGUCAAAGAUCAAAGAGAAUGGGUCACCACAAGCGGAGCUCACAAGACAUUAGUAAACUUACUUGGUGCCCGAGAUACUAAUGUUCUAUUGGGUUCCCUUCUGGCGCUGGCUAGUUUAGCAGAAAGUCCAGAAUGUAGGGAGAAGAUAAGUGAACUGAACAUUGUAGAAAAUCUGUUGAUGAUUUUACAUGAAUACGACUUGCUUUCUAAAAGACUAACAGCAGAGUUGCUGCGCCUGCUCUGUGCGGAGCCCCAGGUGAAAGAGCAGGUGAAGCUCUACGAGGGGAUACCUGUCCUCCUCAGUCUGCUCCACUCCGACCACCUGAAGCUGCUCUGGAGCGUCGUCUGGAUUCUGGUCCAGGUUUGUGAGGACCCCGAGACCAGCGUGGAAAUUCGCAUUUGGGGAGGCAUCAAACAGCUUCUUCAUAUUUUACGAGGAGACAGAAAUUUUGUUUCUGAUCGCUCCUCCAUUGGAAGCCUGUCCAGUGCAAACGCUGCAGGCCGAAUCCAGCAGCUUCAUUUAUCAGAAGACUUGAGCCCUAGGGAAAUACAAGAAAAUACUUUCUCUCUUCAAGCAGCCUGUUGUGCUGCCCUCACUGAGCUGGUACUCAACGACACCAAUGCCCACCAGGUGGUUCAGGAAAAUGGUGUAUAUACAAUAGCAAAAUUAAUUUUACCAAAUAAACAAAAGAAUGCAGCAAAAACUAAUCUAUUACAGUGUUAUGCUUUCAGAGCCUUGAGGUUUCUCUUCAGUAUGGAAAGAAACAGACCAGUCUUUAAAAGACUUUUCCCCACAGACUUGUUUGAGAUCUUCAUUGACAUAGGACAUUAUGUACGUGAUAUCAGUGCUUAUGAAGAAUUGGUAUCAAAGUUGAAUUUAUUAGUGGAGGAUGAACUGAAGCAGAUUGCUGAAAAUAUUGAGAGCAUUAAUCAGAACAAAGCUCCUUGGAAAUAUAUAGGCAACUACGCGAUUUUGGAUCAUCUUGGAAGUGGAGCUUUUGGCUGUGUUUACAAGGUUAGAAAGCGUAGUGGUCAAAAUCUUUUAGCAAUGAAAGAGGUCAAUUUACAUAACCCAGCAUUUGGAAAGGAUAAGAAGGAUCGAGACAGCAGCGUAAGGAAUAUUGUUUCUGAAUUAACAAUAAUAAAAGAACAGCUUUAUCAUCCCAACAUUGUACGUUAUUACAAAACAUUUCUGGAAAAUGAUAGGUUGUACAUAGUUAUGGAGCUUAUAGAAGGAGCCCCGCUUGGAGAGCAUUUCAGUUCUUUGAAGGAGAAACAGCACCAUUUUACAGAAGAAAGACUAUGGAAAAUAUUUAUACAGCUGUGCUUAGCUCUUCGAUACUUACACAAGGAGAAGAGGAUUGUCCAUAGAGAUCUGACACCAAACAACAUUAUGUUGGGGGAUAAGGACAAAGUAACAGUUACUGACUUUGGCCUGGCAAAGCAAAAACAAGAAAACAGUAAACUCACAUCUGUUGUUGGAACAAUCCUGUAUUCUUGCCCCGAGGUACUGAAGAGUGAGCCGUAUGGAGAGAAGGCUGAUGUCUGGGCAGCAGGCUGCAUCCUUUAUCAGAUGGCGACUUUGAAUCCCCCCUUCUACAGCACCAACAUGCUCUCCUUAGCUACAAAAAUAGUGGAGGCGGUAUAUGAACCAGUGCCAGAAGGUAUCUACUCUGAAAAAGUAACAGACACCAUCAGCAGGUGCCUCACUGCUGAUGCGGAAGCUCGUCCAGAUAUUGUAGAAGUCAGUUCGAUGAUAUCAGAUGUCAUGAUGAAAUAUUUAGACAACUUAUCUACAUCUCAGUUGUCUUUGGAGAAGAAGCUGGAACGGGAACGAAGACGCACACAAAGGUAUUUUAUGGAAGCCAACCGGAACGCUGUCACAUGUCACCAUGAGCUGGCUCUGCUAUCUCACGACACUUUUGGAAAGGCAAGCUUGAGUAGCAGCAGCAGUGGGGCAGCCAGCCUGAAAAGUGAACUUUCAGAAAGUGCAGAUCUGGUCCCUGAAGGCUUCCAGGCCUCCUAUGGUAAAGACGAAGACAGGGCCUGUGAUGAAAUCCUGUCAGAUGAUAACUUCAACCUGGAAAAUACUGAGAAAGAUAUAUAUUCAGAGCUAGAUGAUGAAUUGGACAUUUCGGAUAACUCCAGCAGCUCCAGUUCAAGCCCUCUGAAAGAGUCUACAUUCAGCAUUUUAAAGAGAAGUUUUAGUGCUUCAGGAGGAGAAAGACAAUCCCAAACAAGGGACUUCACUGGAGGAACAGGAUCAAGAGCAAGACCAGCUUUGCUGCCUCUUGACCUGCUUCUGAAAGUGCCACCCCUCAUGCUCAGGGCCCACAUUAAGGAACUAGAGGCCGAGUUAGUGACAGGGUGGCAGUCCCAUAGCCUUCCUGCUGUGAUUCUUCGAAAUCUCAAAGAUCAUGGGCCACAGAUGGGCACAUUCUUGUGGCAAGCAUCUGCAGGAAUUGCUGUGUCCCAGAGGAAAGUACGUCAGAUCAGUGAUCCUAUUCAGCAGAUAUUAAUUCAGCUGCACAAAAUAAUCUAUAUCACACAGCUUCCUCCAGCUUUGCACCACAAUUUGAAAAGGAGGGUUGUAGAGAGAUUCAAGAAAUCCCUCUUCAGUCAGCAGAGUAACCCUUGUAAUUUGAAAUCUGAAAUUAAAAAGUUAUCCCAGGGAUCUCCAGAACCGAUUGAGCCCAACUUUUUUACAGCAGAUUACCAUUUUUUACAUCAUUCAUCCGGUAGAAACAGCCUGUCCCCAAAUGACCCAACAGGUCUACCUACCAGCUUUGAUUUGGAGGAAGGAAUAACAUAUGAACAGAUGCAGACUGUGAUUGAAGAAGUCCUUGAGGAAAGUGGCUAUUACAAUUUUACAUCUAACAGGUAUCAUUCCUAUCCAUGGGGGACCAAGAAUCACCCAACCAAAAGAUGAAAAUGCUGCAUUUUGAGUGGACUUGGUUUUCUCAGUGAAGUUCAAGUUCUGAACUUCAGCUACUACUGCAAGAUGCCCAAGGAUUGGGUGCUGCCAGAGGGUGUGGAAGAGGAAAGACCAAGAUGCCAUGGAGCCUUCAGGACUUGUUUUCUGGGGGUCCUGUGCUAGAGUGUAUGACAGCUGCCGUGCUUGAGGGCUUCAUUGCCAGAACACAUUAUAUACAGGAUGUCAGAGCUGUCAGUGUGCUGCUGGGAAAAAAUGCUGCAAAAUUCAUCUAUGGGGGGAACAAAAAACCAAAACCGAAAACAAAAAAGCUCUCUUACAGAAUUUUCCUCCACAUUAAAACAAAUUGUCAUAUUUUUCAAA